AUGUCUCGUCGAAAGCAAGCGAAACCCCAGCAUCUCAAAUCGGACGAAGAGCUGCAAGCGGAGGUAGUUUCUGAGCACGCAGUCCCAGGGGAAGGAGCAGAUGAUGGUGACAGUGGGAAUGAAAGCAGGAGCGGAAGUGAAGAAACCAACGUUUGUGAGAAAUGCUGUGCAGAGUUCUUCAAGUGGACAGACUUCUUAGAGCACAAGAAGAACUGCACUAAAAACCCCCUGGUGCUGAUUGUGAAUGAAGAUGAAACAGCUCCACCCCCUGCGGAGGAGUUCCCUGAGCCCUCACCUGCUAGCUCUCCUAGUGACCAGGCAGAGAGUGAAGCUGCUGAAGAAGGCGCCCAGACAGAAAACAAUGACAGCUCUGAGAUAAAAAGCACGGAAAAGGAAGAAGAGCCGAUGGAGGUAGAAACGUCUGUGGAGAAAAGUUUCCAGAAUCAAGGCACCUCAAACACAGCUACUCCUCUACCUCAGAUCCCUGAACCAUCACCUAUGACAAGCUACACCAUGCCAAACACGAAUGUCACACUAGAGACUCUGCUGAGCACUAAAGUGGCGGUCGCACAGUUCUCACAGAGCGCACGGUCCACCACUUCUGCCAGCAUAAGCAGCGGGGUGACAGCUGUGGCCAUCCCAAUGAUUCUGGAGCAGCUCAUGGCUCUGCAGCAGCAGCAGAUUCACCAGCUCCAGCUCAUCGAGCAGAUCCGUAGUCAGGUGGCGAUGAUGAACCGCCAGCCGCUACGUCCAUCCCUGAACCCUGUCAUCGCUGCCCAGGGUGCUCCAGGGCAGGCAUCGAACCAGCUGCAAGGGUUUGCCACAAGCGCUGCUAUUCAGCUGGCUGCGGUCAUUCCUCCUUCCAUCAUGGGACAGGCCACCGGUGGUCAGCCUGCUGCCUUUGACGGUUCUCAGCACAUCUCAAGACCUACAUCUGGAGCGAGUACGCCCAAUAUAUCCAGCAGUGGCUCUUCUGCCCCACCUGAAUCGAGUGUACCCUCCUCCUCUAAUGCAAUUACAUCUGUAACUCCUGUUUCCGUGUCAAAUGCUACUAACAGUGCUUCACAGCCCCAGAAUGCUUCAACUCCACCUUCAAUAGGACAUGGAAGCCUCACCUCAGUUUCUAACCUGCCAAACCCACUUCUACCUCAGACUUCAUCAAAUAGUGUGAUCUUCCCCAAUCCACUAGUUAGCAUUGCUGCAACGGCUAAUGCACUAGAUCCUCUGUCUGCCCUUAUGAAGCACCGCAAAGGAAAGCCACCAAAUGUGUCAGUGUUUGAACCCAAGUCAAGCUCCGAGGACCCCUUUUUUAAACAUAAAUGCCGAUUUUGUGCCAAGGUCUUUGGAAGUGACAGUGCUUUACAAAUACACCUCCGCUCACAUACAGGUGAAAGACCUUUUAAAUGUAACAUAUGCGGAAACCGGUUUUCCACAAAGGGAAACCUGAAAGUACAUUUUCAGAGGCAUAAAGAGAAAUACCCUCAUAUCCAGAUGAACCCCUAUCCCGUUCCAGAAUACCUCGAUAAUGUGCCCACUUGCUCUGGAAUCCCAUAUGGGAUGUCACUGCCCCCCGAAAAGCCGGUCACAACAUGGUUAGACAGCAAACCUGUUUUACCAACCAUCCCAACUUCCAUUGGGCUCCAGCUGCCCCCCACUAUACACGGUGUAAACAGUUUUGGAGAUUCUCCAAGUAUUACUCCCAUGAGCCGGUCACCCCAGAGGCCUUCUCCUGCCUCCAGUGAAUGCACUUCUUUAUCCCCGAGCCUCAACACAUCUGAGUCGGGCAUUCCAGUGUCUGCUGAAUCCCCGCAGCCCAUUCAGAGCGGCUCAUGUCUGACUAAGGCAGAACCUGUCAGUCUGCCUCCCACGGGCACACGACUCGGGGAACUCUCUGUAGGUGGGCAAGUUUCCACAGCUUCCACAUCUUCAGUUCCUACUACUGUUACAGACAGCAGUGUUUCAACAAGCCUCCCAAACCCUGUGCUUCCAGCAAUGUCUGACCAGUUUAAGGCAAAAUUUCCAUUUGGUGGUCUGUUAGACUCUAUGCAAACAUCAGAAACCUCAAAACUGCAACAGCUGGUAGAGAACAUUGAUAAGAAGAUGACAGAUCCAAAUCAAUGUGUCAUUUGUCACCGUGUGCUUAGUUGUCAGAGUGCUCUCAAGAUGCAUUACAGAACGCAUACAGGAGAAAGACCAUUUAAAUGCAAAAUUUGUGGACGUGCCUUUACUACAAAAGGCAAUCUAAAAACACAUUUUGGAGUUCAUCGAGCGAAGCCCCCACUUAGAGUACAGCACUCAUGUCCCAUUUGUCAGAAGAAAUUUACAAAUGCAGUUGUUCUUCAGCAGCAUAUUCGUAUGCACAUGGGUGGGCAAAUUCCAAACACGCCAUUACCAGAGGGCUUCCAGGAUGCCAUGGACUCAGAGCUUUCCUAUGAUGAGAAGAACAUUGACACACUGAGCAACUUCGAUGAUGACAUUGAUGAAAAUUCUAUGGAAGAGGACCCAGAGUUAAAGGAUGCGGCAAGUGACUCAUCCAAACCCCUUAUCUCUUACUCUGGGUCAUGUCCUUCUUCACCACCUUCUGUGAUCUCCAGUAUUGCUGCUUUGGAGAAUCAAAUGAAAAUGAUUGAUUCUGUCAUGAACUGUCAGCAGCUGACCAGUUUAAAAUCCAUAGAAAAUGGAUCAGGAGAAAGUGACCAUUUAAGCAAUGACUCCUCAUCGGCUGUUGGCGAUCUCGAAAGCCAGAGUGCAGGUAGCCCUGCAAUGUCAGAGUCUUCUUCCUCCAUGCAAGCUCUGUCUCCUGUAAAUAGCAAUAGUGAAAGUUUUAGAUCAAAGUCUCCAGGUCUCAGUAACCAGGAAGAACCACAAGAAAUACAAUUAAAGACAGAAAAACCAGACAGUCCACCACCUGCAACUGAAAAUGGAGGCGCAUUAGAUCUGACAUCCACCAACCCAGGAAGACCGGUCAUCAAAGAGGAGGCUCCUUUUAGCCUGCUGUUCCUGAACAGAGAACGUGGUCCCAGCCAAAGUACUCCUAGCCUGGUCACCAGUACAGCGCCUACCAUGAUCAAAAUGGAAGUGAAUGGUCACAGCAAGCCGAUCUCUUUGGGUGAGGUUCCCUCGCUUCCAGCUGGAAUCCAGGUUCCUGCUGCACCACAGACAGUGAUGAGUCCGGGGAUCACCCCUAUGCUGGCACCCCCCCCUCGCCGGACUCCCAAGCAGCACAACUGUCAGUCUUGUGGGAAGACCUUCUCCUCAGCAAGUGCACUGCAGAUACACGAGCGCACCCAUACUGGUGAAAAACCGUUUGGUUGCACAAUCUGUGGUAGAGCUUUUACCACAAAGGGGAAUCUUAAGGUUCACAUGGGAACUCACAUGUGGAAUAACGCCCCUGCACGCCGUGGCCGCCGCCUCUCCGUGGAAAACCCCAUGGCUUUGCUGGGUGGUGAUGCGCUGAAGUUCUCUGAGAUGUUCCAGAAAGAUUUGGCAGCUCGGGCCAUGAAUGUUGACCCCAACUUUUGGAACCAAUAUGCUGCAGCUAUCACUAAUGGACUUGCUAUGAAGAACAAUGAGAUUUCUGUCAUACAGAACGGAGGCAUUCCUCAGCUCCCAGUAAGUCUAGGUGGAGGCGCCAUCCCGCCUCUAAGUAACCUUACCAGUGGCAUGGACAAAGCUCGCACAGGCAGCAGCCCUCCCAUUGUUGGUUUGGACAAAGCAAGUUCUGAAACUGGAGCCAGUCGUCCAUUCACCAGAUUUAUUGAGGAUAAUAAAGAGAUUGGCAUUAAUUAA